AUGAAGUUCACUGUCGGUUCUGCUAUGGUGGCUACCACCUUCCUCUCGGCUGCGAACGCCGCUUUCCCCUCCAUCCCCAACAUCCCCGAGACCUGCUUGGAGAUCCCCCAGGUCAUUGGCAACAAGCCUCUCCAGCUGCUCUCCUACUUCCACAAGGAGGUCUGUGAGAAGAACUGCACUGCCACCAUCAACCAGCACAACCAGUACCUCCAGGAGUCGGUCUUCCCCCAGAUCAUGAAGGAUCUGGACCAGAAGCUGGACGUGCCCGCCUCCGAGCAGGCCUCUUUCCAGAAGAUCCAGACUCAGAUCAACUCCGCCAUCGAGAAGGACUGCAAGUCUGAAGGCGACAAGCCUCUGUGCAAUGACCUCGAGGGUCUGGCCAGCUACGGCCUCUGCGCGCUCAAGGCUAGCCAGCCCAUCAUCUUGAACAACAUUGGCCAGCUCCAGGGCUCCGUGAACAUCACCGACGCCGACUGCACCAAGAUCAAGCAGAUCGACUCUGAUGCGACUGUCUGGCAGAAGACCCUGCCCGGUUACAUUGACAAGUUCGCUCAGGAGUCAACAUCUGGGAUGCUUGCCGUCGCUCCUUUGGACGCGUCGAAUCGCAAUGAGAAAUUUCAUUGUCAACGAAAAAGCGAUGCAGUGGGACAUUUCCAUGCUCGAAGUGCAUCAGACUCGGACGCGCCGAUACAUGCGUGCCCAGUCCACGUUCCGCUGCUCAACGGCCGAUUGCAAACACCCGAAUCUCCGGCAAUAGCAAUUGCAGGUAGCUUGGCAGGUCGGGCAGAUUCCGCUAGCUUCGAGGCUUCGGAGCCAAGUCGAUCGACAGUAGAUACUCAGCCUAUGUCCCCAGAAACAUUACACAGGACUCAUCCACGGAUGCUCCGCAAUCUCCGUGGCGAACGAGCUAAUCCGCAUCCGGCAGUCUAUGUGGGAAAGGCUGCUUCCUUGUCCUUUCUGCAACUAGUCCGGGACACUGUAUCACAGUAUAUUGGGCCAUCGCAAUUUUCGCACAAUGUGAAAAGCGAAGAUAUGCUAGAGACGGAGACACCGCAUGGAACACCACCAACGCUAGAGAGCAGUCUGGACUCAUAUCAGCUACUCCAGUACUAUCAAACAUAUAGCUCUGCUACGAGUGGCUUUAUCUACGUUUUGUCAAGUGCGGAGGCUAUGGAAGUUCUUGAUGCUUUGAUUGAGCCCAGCACACAUCCAGAUAGGACAGAAAUGGCAGUCGCAGGUAUGAUAAUUGCUAUCGGGGCACAGGCCAGCAAACGCACUGUAUCAACCGAACAAGCCGAGCGGUAUUUCUUUUCCCGUGCUCAACGCAGCGCAUUUGAAGGGAUGUUGGAAAACCCCAGCUUGACUCUGAUACGGUUAUUCCUGUUGAUGUCCUUCUAUAUGCUUGGUGCUUGUCGUCGGAAUGCUGCCUUCAUGUAUCUUGGAGUGGCUGUCCGAGCUGCCGUGGCAUUGGGUCUUCAUCUUACCGAGCUCGCGGAUGCCGUGCCUAGCCCUGAGCAACACCAGAGAGCAAGGGUGUGGAUGAGUGUUUAUAACCUGGACCUCCUAGUAAGCUCUAUCCUUGGGAGACCAGCUGCGACAGCUGCUCUGCGUUCGGAAACAGAGGAUGGUCCUAUCCGUUACGCGCUCCUGGAGGGCCAUAUGUCGAUUGGCUUGGUUGCCUCCUAUGGGGUCUCGAGGAUCUUGGAGGAGAUUAUCUCGUCUAUGUACAGCAAGGACGGAGCCUCGGCUGAGCUCGCGGACUCGCUUUUAGCCAAACUUAAACAAUGGAGCGAUGAACUACCGGGGCCAUUGGUGGAGCCUCCUAAUCUUGACUUUGACGAACCCGCUGCGCGAACCCACAUCAUCAACAAUCUUCACGUUGCUUGCAUUUACCAUUUCGCUGUAAUCACGGCGACGCGACCCUUCCUGGUGUCAGUAUUGGGUGUGCGACUGGCGCGUUUGCACAAUGACUCCACAGACGGCACAAAAAGUGAUUUGUUGCACGAAGAUGCAGCACAUUCCAAUCUUGCAAUUGCUUGCAUCGAUUCAGCCUUGUACAUGAUACAAACAUGCUCCGAGGUGCAUCGCUCUGGACUCAUGCUAGGUAAUAUGUGCAUACUGAAGGCUUUUGUAUUCGCUGCCGCCUUGGUUCUCGGGUUCUCGAUGUUCUCUCGCAAGGAGGCUGAGCCCUCACAUGAACAGGCUUACGGGGAAGCCCUGGAGAUUCUUCGUGUGCUCUCGGAGCAGUCCGCUCAGGCAGGACAUUACUAUGAGAUACUCAGUUGCCUGGGAAAUGCCGUGGCUGAGCAGCGUCGACGAAUUGUACAGCACUCCCGCCAGACUAAGGGUCGAUAUGUCAGUAAGCUUUUUAGUCUGGAUGAUCGCAGGCCCUCGGUGGAGGUACAGGAAGGGCUAGACACGCCAUUGUUAAAUGGCGUUUCUGCUAUAGCCCCCGAAGCCGGCAUCUCAGAUCCAUGGGCUGGCAUACAACGCCUGGGCUUCAUGGACUCACUGGAGAUUGAUGCGGCAUUAUCUGGCCUCGACGGUAUGCAGCUCCCGGUGUGGGAUAGCUUUCCCUUUGUUGGCGAAGCUUUUCAGCUGCAGGGCAGAGUGGGUGAUGUAACUUAA